UUUGCUAAAACACCCUCCACCUUCUUCCCCAAACAUUCCCCUUUCCUUCCAAACACUUCCACCUCCCUGAAAACAUUCGCCCUUCUUCUAAAACAUUCCCCUAAAAGUUCCUUCUCCUCCAAACACUCUUCGUUCCCCCUCCCUUGCACCUUCUUUUCUACAUAUCACCCUCAAUCCACCUACUCCCUAUUGUUACCCUCCACCCCUCUGCGCUACCUCUCUCUCCCACAAGCUGUUGUGAAACUCCACUUUGGUUCAGCUAAAUCAAACCUGUCUUAAACAUGGGGACACCCACCACAGACGCAGCCCAUUGAGUUUCCCUAGGACAUCAGGAGCAUAUUUUAAUCCUUUCUCUCAUCUCUAUACCAUGUGUUCAACUAUGUUUUAGUAUUGGAUCAAUCUGUUCACUGAAUUAACUUUAUGCAGACUUGUGUAUUCUUGUGACUUGGCAUAUACGUAUCUGUACUGGGAGAAAUAACCUUUGAAUUACCCUUUGAAAAGAAACUUCAAAGAUCAACGAAUGAAAUAAGGGACAAUGGCCUCAGCUUCAGGCAAUAAUGAUGAUGACUUAACUAUUCCAAGAGCUGCCAUCAACAAGAUUAUCAAAGAGAUCCUACCAAACAUCAGAGUAGCGAAUGAUGCCAGGGAGAUGGUGGUGAACUGCUGCACCGAGUUUAUUCAUUUGAUAUCCUCAGAAGCAAAUGAAAUCUGCAAUAAGUCUGAUAAGAAAACCAUCUCACCAGAGCACAUCAUGCAAGCUUUGGAAAGCCUAGGUUUUGGAUCGUACAUAACUGAAGUAAAGGAGGUUCUGCGGGAAUGCAAGAAAGUGGCCCUUGAAAGGAGGAAGGCCAACUCACGCCUCGAGAACCUGGGGAUUCCUGAGGAAGAAUUGUUACGUCAACAGCAAGAAUUAUUUGCAAAAGCUCGACAACAGCAGGCUGAACAGGCGCAGCAGGAGUGGCUAGAGAUGCAACAGGCUGCCCAGAAGGCUCAGCUUGCAGCAGUAACCACUAACAAGGCUGGGUCCUCACAGGAUGAUGAGGAAGAAGAAGACACCUAAGCACCGCUCAAGCCAUCUCGCUCCCCUUUUGUGUCCCUUUCCUGUCUACUUACGACCUGCCAUGUGUCAAAAUGGCAGUGCAGAUGGUCAUUUGCCGAAGGUACCUUGUGCCUCAGUUUGAGUCUGAAAUACUGGCUGUGAAAUUUUAAACAGACUAUUCCAAAAGAGGAAAGGAUAUCAUCGUGCAUUUGGUCUUAACCAACUUAAAAACAUGAUGCAGUCUGAGUUGGACAAUAUAAUGCAUGGACCGUGAACUUUUAAAUGUUCAACAGAUCUUGGCUAAAUGAAAUUAAAUGUUAAAUGGAUAAAAGUUCCUGUUGAGCUUAUUUUGUGGGUUUUAUUAAUGUUAGGUCAUUGAAGAUUGUUGCCUUGUUUACAGUUAUGGUAUAAUAAAAGUGGAGUAGGCAUUUCUUCGAAUGUGGACAUGAUGGUAUAUAUGUGUACCUAUUAUCUAUUGCUACCCUGUUUUUCCUUCCUGCUAUGUAUCAUGAUAGUGUUUCAUGUGGUGGUCACUUUUUAAAGUUGCUCAGUAAGUGGGCAUUGUUGGCAAGAUAUUGCUUUCCCCACCCUCUCCAAAUGCCAGGUUGCUAGUGGAAUGUUUUCAGCUGUUGUAUGCUUUGUCAGGCCACAUUAGAGACCCAUAGGCUAGAGAGGCACAAGUAAGGGUGGCAUUUUCACUGUAUGUAAAAUGGUUCAUCUCGAUAACUGGCAGCUUUAAGAACAUAAGAAAUAGAAACAGGAGUAGGCCAAACUGGAUAUCCUCAUAUUUCUCACAUUAUAUUUCAUCUGCCCCCAUUCAUUCAGCCCAUUCCUAUCCCUCAAAGCCUCUCUGCAUCUUCCUCACAAUAAACACCAGCAUCCAGCUUUGUAUCGUCAGCAACUUUGGAUAUAGUACACCUGAUCCCCUCAUUCAGUUCAUUGAUAUAGAUUGUGUAUAGCUGGGACACUCACUUGUCAUAAACUCUCAAAUGGAAAUUGUCCCAUUUUUCUACCUCCAGGUGUGCCUUAACUAAUCCUUAUUCCAUGCCAGUUUAUUAUCUGAAACCCCAUGGGUUCUGAUCUUGUUCAAUAAUCUCUCUAGUGUGUAACACCUCUUGAAAGGCCUUCUGAAAGUUCAGAUACAAUGCAACCACUGGUUUGCUCCUAUCCUACUCAUUGCAACCUCAAACAAAAACUAACGGAUAUGUGAAACAUAAUUUUCUGAUAACAGCUCCAUGUUCACUCUGCCCAGUCCUAUUCUUUUCUAACUGCCCUGUUAAACCUUCCUUAAUUCUAGAUUCUAGCACCUUUCUGGUGAUGCUAGACUGACUGAUCUGUAGUUCCCCAAUUUCUUUCUCUCCUUUCUUAAAUAGUGGGUUUUCCUGUGCUACUUUCCAAACUGCAGGAACCAUUCUAGAAUUGAAUGUUGAAGGAUGACAACCAAUCACCAUUUUCAGAACCUUGGGAUCCAGGUCAUCUGCUCCUAACGAGUUAUCAGUUUUCAGUGUCAUUAAUUUGUGCAAUCCUCAUUUCCUUUAGACCUAUAGGAAUUGAGCCAAAGGGCCUGUUUCUGUGCUGUACGAUUCUAUGACUCUAAUGUCUUAUGGAGGUCUCUUAUAUCUUUCUCUGCCAUGGAUAUUUGUUUCUGGUACAAAAAUUGAUAGAUUUAUUGAAUAAUUAGUAAUGUAUCCAAUUAGUAGUUCAAUGCAAACUACUAGAAGGUGUUGUAAAUGUGGAACUCGCUCCCAGAAAUGGUUUUGAAAUCAACCUGGACAAGCACAUGAGGGAUAAAGGAAUCCAUGGUUAAGUUGAUACUGCGAUGGAGAGGCCUGGAAGGAAGUUCAUACGGAACGCAACAUGAGCGCAGACCAGGCGGGCUAAAUUGUCUGUCUCUUUACUGUCCAGUCCAAUGUAGCCUCUUAAUUCUAAUCACAGCACACUAAUGGGUUAAAUGUUUCUAUCCCUCCCCAAGAAACUCAGCUUGACCCACACUAUGAGCUGAAUAGAGUUGGAAGUUCCAUCACAGUGAAGCCAUGAUUAUUCUGUGGCGCUCCUCAUUUGUACACUGAUAGGCUGCCACCCUUACAAAUGCGAGGCUUUCCCUUUAACCAUUCUAUGUACAAAUGUUGAGAUUUUCAAAUGGAACUGCUUCUGUGCAAUGCCUUUGCAUGUUGGGACUUGGUCAGACUGUGCAACAAUUCCAUAAAACCUGAAAAUUUGUCCAUUUGUUGCAUUGUCACUAUUGUUUCUUUGCCCCUGUAAUGGGUGGGGGUGGGUAGGAGAUGGACCUCUACAUCAAUAUGACUAGAUGUAGAGCGAUGGCAAACUAUUCAGCUAUAGGUGGCACCAUGCUUAAAACGAAUCAUUAUCUUGCUUACUGUUAUUACACUUGCAUUUUCAGACAAGAUUGCUGGUUAGUAAUUGGGAAUGAGAACACUGUUUAGGAUUGAAUCCUCUCAGCUUCAGUCCUGCUGAGGAAAGUGAAAAAUCAGUUCUUGUCUGGGAAUGACAUUUAAGCUCAGUAGGUGCCAUUCCAUAUGGACUUCCUUCCACUUCCAUGGCAGAAGCUGUGCCUCCACUCCUGAGACUUGAGUGCACAAUCUAAGUUGAUUAUGAAGGGCAGUACUGAGACGUUACUGCACCUUUUAGAUGAGACUUUAAACAGAGGCUCUGUCUACCUGAUAAUGGUGAACAUGGACAAUGUCAUCGGACUUUACGUGGAGCAAACAUCCCCACUGCCUUGGCUAAUUGUAAUGGUUUAUUACCUCAUUGCUAUUUGUGAGAUCUUGC